AUGCGACCUUCUAAAGCCCGGAUUCUGUGUAAAGUGGAUCAGACAGCCAAGGACCACAACUCUGGUUCAGAACCUCUUCAUACGCAUUGUGGAAUCGAGGUCAAUCAGCCAAUCAAAUCGCAAGAGAACUCCGUGUUACAACUGGCGUUGCAGUGUCUGAUAGAGGCUAAAAACAAGCCUGUAUUGGGAGUGCUACAGACCGUUAGUGACUGUGUGUUGGAAUCUGUCCCGUCGGUUAUGGAAGGACCAGUGAACAUUCAGUCGGAUGAGAUGUCUCUGACAGUUCAACGGAUCGAGCCGACUGUUGAUGCAUUUCAUGUUACAGCUGAUCCUGAGGACGAUGAUAACCCAGGUGGCUCCAUUUUUUUCCCCAAUGACAUGAAGAGUGGAACAAAGAAACCUUUCGAAAUGCAGAUGAUGAUUAUAAAGAAGAAUCCAUUCCAGUGGUCACCAACGACAGAUGACGUGAAUUUACCAGUGAUGAAGAUCUCAGUCAAAAAUGAUGGGAAAAGCCUAAAUCCAUCGGAUCUGCCUGUGCCAGCAGAUAUCUUCAUAUCAGUAAACUUAUCUAAUGUGAUGGAAGAAGACAAAAUAUACACGUUGAAUGUCACAUAUAACACUAUCAAUCAUAAAGUAAAAGAUUCUAGUACUGUACGUAUAGCUAUUCCAGCAAUUAUUAAAGCGAAAACGCAGAUUCUGAAACUGUUUGCUAUAAAUCCAUUACUGAAACUAGAGGUGGUUCUUGGAGCUAAUGAAUCCGGAACAAGCUUCAGGAAUUUCCAAUUGAAUGGGUUUGACUGGCCAAUGGAAGAUGGCGCUCUCUUGACAUACAAGAACCAAAAGCAAGAUCCAAAUCUAUUAUUCUUACCAGAGGAUAUUCUUGGAAAGAACGACACUAAUUUCUACGUUUUUGUUAGAGUUAAGAACAAAGGACAGACGCAGCGCAAGAAUGCAAGUGCUAUUGUUAGAGGCAGCGAGAAUGCAAGUGCUAUUGUUAGACGCAGUGAGAAUGCAAGUGCUAUUGUUAGACGCAGCGAGAAUGCAAGUGCUUUUGUUAGAGGCAGCGAGAAUGCAAGUGCUAUUGUUAGACGCAGUGAGAAUGCAAGUGCUAUUGUUAGACGCAGCGAGAAUGCAAGUGCUAUUGUUAGACGCAGUGAGAAUGCAAGUGCUAUUGUUAGACGCAGCGAGAAUGCAAGUGCUUUUGUUAGACGCAGUGAGAAUGCAAGUGCUAUUGUUAGAGGCAGCGAGAAUGCAAGUGCUAUUGUUAGACGCAGUGAGAAUGCAAGUGCUAUUGUUAGACGCAGCGAGAAUGCAAGUGCUUUUGUUAGACGCAGUGAGAAUGCAAGUGCUAUUGUUAGACGCAGCGAGAAUGCAAGUGCUAUUGUUAGAUGCAGUGAGAAUGCAAGUGCUAUUGUUAGGUGCUUGUGCAAGAUUCAUGCUUGUGUUUUUAAUCAACAUAUCACGAGUUAA